GACCAAGUAUCGAUGUACCUUAAUGUUGCAAAUCCGGCUACUUUGCCGUGUGGGUGGAGUAAGUAUGCGCAAUUUUCUUUGACAAUCGUCAAUCAAAUCCGUGACAAUAUACAGUGAGAAAAGAUGCAGUACAUCAAUUUACUGCACAACAAUCUGAUUGGGGUUUUACAUCAUUCAUGCCUCUUAGUGAACUCAAUGAUCCUGGUAGAGAGUAUCUCGUAAAUGAUACUUGUAUUAUUGAAGCAGAGGUUGUUCCUGGUUGCACUGUUUGUUCAGAGUUAAUGCCAAAGCCCAUACCAGCAACACAGUCGGGUGAAACAGUGUCCUUGCCCAAGAAUCCAAGACCCGGUCAAUUGUUUGAAGAAGGGAGGCACGGCCUAAUUGAUGAGACAUAUGAAAACAUUGGAGGCUUCAGUAUUCUGAAAGCACAAGCACCAGUAUAUAAACUGAUCUGGUUAAAAUAUGGUCAUAUUGCUUCAAGCAAGGUUCUUUCGGCCUCUUAUGAUGCUCAAGUACUGAUUGUUGCUGAUACUAUGAAAUUCGUUAUAGAAAUGCAUCAAUCCCGUCCAAAUGAGCUGUCUACCGAAAUAGUUAACACAUGGGAGGAGAAAAUAAAGAUGGCUGAAAGUCUUGAUUUCCAUGUUGAAUGGAUUCGUGAGCGCCUCGAGGAGGUGAAAAAGGAUCUUCAUGGAAGGCAGAAGCUUGAAGUUGAAUUUGAGGAGCUGAGUCAAUCUUUAUCCGGUGCACACGCGAGGGUGACCAGAGCAGAUAAUGAAGUAAAGAAGUUAGAGUCGGAGCUGCUUGCAGCUAAGGAUGAGUCCGUGAAGGCACAAGAGAACAAGGCCGCUUUAGAGAGUACAAUCAGACCUGUACUACCAAACGUGGAAAUGUGCCUAGGGAAAGCACUUCUUGGGUUUUCGUACUCACUUAAACUUCUUUUGUUUAAGAAUUAUUUUGUGCUCAUCUAA